GCUUGUCGAUGGCUGGCACCUCCUUCUGGCGCUCCUCCUCCUCACCGAAGCGCUCUUUGUCGUUCACAUGCUUGAGCAUUUCUUCCGAUACUCGUAUUAAGGAAAGUGUUCAAACCGAAGGGGCACCAGCGGCUUUGGGACCGUAUUCUCAAGCAAUCAAAUCCAACAACCUUCUUUUUGUGUCUGGUUUUCUUGGCCUUGUUCCCGAGACGGGGAAGUUCGAAUCUGAUAAUGUUGAAGAUCAAACUGAACAGGUACAUUCAUAA